AUCACUCUCCAACAGACAACCUUGACCUUAAAACUCUCUCUCUCUAAGUCUUCGUCUCUCUCUCUCUCUCUCUCAAGCUCCAUGACGCCGUACGAUGUAGCAAACACACAUGGGCGCUGUCCCUUCACCAUCACUCUCCCUCCGAAAUUAACCACUGCCUGUCCAAAUGACCCACCGUUUUCAAUUAUUACCGCCUUGGAAUCCGCGCCCCUUGAAUCUUGAUCGCCAAUAAUUACUGUUUCUCUUUUGGCCCAGCAAUUAAUUACUGUCUCUGCAAUUAAACCCCCCCCCCCCUCUAUUAUUUUUUGAGCAUUAUUACUGGGUAACUGUAAUGAAUGAUCGUUUCGUAUUUCGAAGUUGGGUUCUUGAUUUUACUGGUCCUUAGAGAAACUGGAGAGCUGUUUUGUCUCCAAAGGUGGGUUCUUUUGUGCUUGAGAAAUGUGGGAGCUUUGAGUUUGGGUGGUGGGUGAGAGCAAGUGAGUGACUGUUUCGUCUCCAAAAGGUUGGUACUUUGGUUUUUCAUUUGUGCUUGAAUUUGAGAAAUGAGGGAGGUUUGAGUGGUGGGUGGUUUGUCUCCAAAGGUUUGUUUUUUUGGUUUUUGUGCUUGAAUUUGAGAGAAAUGAGGGAGAUUUGAGUGGUGAGUGUUUCGUCUCCGAAGGUGGGUUUUGUUGUUGAUGUUUGAAAGGUGAGAGAGCUUUGAGUGGGGAUGGAGAAGGGGAAGGGUUUAAGGGAGGUUGGGAAUGGUGGAAAUGAGGGGGGAGCUGAAAUGGGUGAGCAGAGAAGAAAGAGAGUUGCGGGAAAAAGUGACGAAAUUUUGGGGAGUGGGGAUCUGGGUAUUGGUGGUGAGGAGUGGUUUGGCGGUGGAAAUGGCGGUGGUGGAAUGAGUGUUGGUGAUGAAAUUGCCAAGCUUUUUGGUGAAGUGGGUGGUGGUGGUGGUGGAAGUGACCUGGGUGGGCUUGAUGGUGGAGGCGUGAACUUCUGGGGUGGUGGAAAUGGUGGAGGGACUGAGGCUGGUGGUGGGUUUGGUGGUGUUCAAGGUUUUGGUCUUGAAGAAAUUCAAGGUGGGUUUGGUGAGAAAUUUCAGUUUGGUGGAGGUUUGGGUGGUCUGGAUGGUAGUGGAGGCAUUCACUUGUGGGGAAAUGAAGGCCUUGGCGGUGAAGGAAUGCAAGGCCUGUUUGAUAGAAAUGGUCAGUUUUGGGGUGGUGAGGCCUCUGGUAAUGUUGAUAGUCAAGGAGUUCAGGGCUGUUUGAGUGUAAAUGCAUCUGGAAAUGGAGGUGAAAUCGGGGAAUGUCAGGAGGGAAAUGGUGAAGAUAGAAGUGGAGGUGGUGCUCAAGGGUCGAAAGGUAAGCGUGGGAGGCCGAAAGGAUCAAAGAACAAGAAGAAGAAUAUUGGAGCUGAAGAGGGAAUUGUAGGGUUGAGUGGAAUUACCAGUGUCAAUGUAGGUGGAGAAGAGAGUGUAACACCGAAGAGGAGGCUAGGUCGACCAAAGGGUGCCAAGAAUAAAAAGAAGGCUCUUGCAAGUGAUGGAAAUGGGGGUGUGCCUGAUGGGGGUGAAGAAAGUAAGGUAGUGGUUGGGCCAAAGAGAAAGGUUAGUCGACCAAAGGGUCUGAAGACCAAGAGACAUCGUACAGUUGUGGAAGAUGAUGGAACGGCAGGAGACUUGGGGGCUGUUGCUGAGGGAAUUGAGAUACCUGUUCCAAGCCAGCCUACUGGUUCGGAGAAAGAAAUGCUUCAUGUUGAGCAAAGUGGGAAAAUGGUAGCUAUUCAGUCUGCUGGUCGUGAAGUUGGAAAUGAGGUACUGCAGUCAAAGAAAAGGCGCGGUCGACCCAGGAAGGUAACUCCUGGAAUUGAUGGAACUAAUGCAAAGUCAAACGAAGUUUUUGGCAGAACUUGCACGGGUGGACCAAUAGUGUUCUUCAUGGGUUUGGAGAAUGAGAGUCCGGUUCUUGGCAGCAACGAUGAUAAUUGGUUGCCUGGUGUCCAGCCAAAGGUUAACCUCGUGGAAACGGAAAAUCAGGACAUUCCUGGGAAAAGUGUGGUUGCUAAUGAUGGUUCUGAUAGGAUGGUUCUUCUGAAAGGUUUGGAGAAUGAGAUGCCUGUUCUUACAGGUGAGAAAGAUAUGGAAAUGUAUAAGAAGGAAGCUUUGAAUGGUAAGGAAGAUGGAUGCAUUGUUCAGCCAAAGGGUAAGCGUGGUCGACCAAAGGGUACAGCGAAGAAGAAAAAUCUUUCUGGUGUUGAAAAAAGGGAAAUGCCAGGUGAAAGCAUGGGUGGCAUGGGAAAUGGGAGGUCUAUGCUUGAAGGUAAGGAAGAUGGUGGAAUGCCUAUGGAAGCCUCUGUGGCCAUUGAAGUUGGAAAUGAAAGUGUUCAGGUGAAGAAGAAGCGUGGUCGGCCAAAGGGGUCGACCACAAAGAAAAAUCUUGCUGUUAAAGAAAAGCAGGGAAUAGAAAUGUUUGAUGAAAUGGUAGUAGGUAAUGAUGGUGAUGGUAACAAUGCUCCUAUGGUGGGUUUGGAGAACGAGAGGCCUAUCCAUGUGGGUGAGGAAGAUAAGGGAAUGUCUGCAGCCUGUGGCAGUAAUGCAGGUGGAAAUGAGGUUGUCCAACAGAAAAGGACUGGUCGAGCUGCAAACAAGAGACCAAUUACUUCUGUUGGAGAAGAUCAGAGUCGGGAAGGAGAAAAUGUUAGAAAAAUUGAUUGUAGAGAUGAGAGCUCAAAGAGUAGGCUAGGCCGGCCUAAGAAGAAGAGACGAAUCAUUCGUCCUGAAGCUUUGAGUAAGACCACAGUACUGAUGCAUCAAAAUUAUUUGAAGGAGGAACCGAGUUUCCCUACAUCGCAAUUAAAGAAAUCUGAAGAUACUGAGAAAAAAUUACAGAAGAGGCCUAGAGGGAGACCCAGGAAGAUCAACAACCAACCAAUGAAUCACAGUGAAUUCCGUACUCAGCAAUUAAAGAACUCAGAAGAUACUGAGAAAAAAUUUCAUAAAAGGCUUAGAGGUAAGAGGCCUAGAGGGAGACCCAGGAUGUUUAACAACCGACAAAUGAAUCACAGUGACUUCCGUGCUCGGCAAUUGAAGAACUCAGAACAUACUGAGCAAAAAGUCUGUAAGAGACCUAGAGGGAGACCCAGGAAGUUUAACAACCUACAGGCGCAUCCCCGGGACCUUAAGCAGGGAAUAUCUACUGAUACAUUGGAGAGAAAGGAAAGUUUAUGGUGCCACCAGUGCUUACGGAAUGACAGAAAUGGUGUGGUCAUUUGUUUAAAUUGCAGAAAGAAACGCUAUUGCUAUGACUGCCUUGCAAAGUGGUACCCCGAGAAGACAAAAGAGGACAUAGAGAUUGCUUGUCCUUAUUGUCGUGGGAACUGCAACUGCAGAAUAUGCCUCAAGGAGGAUUUAGUUGUGAUGGCUGGGCAUGAAGAAACAGAUACGAAUAUUAAAUUGGAAAAGUUGCUUUACUUGCUGUGCAAAACUCUGCCUCUCCUUAAGCAUAUUCAACAGGAGCAGAGAUCUGAAUUAGAUGCAGAAAGCUGUAUACGUGGUGUACAAUUGACAGAAGAGGAUCUCACGAGGUCUAUACUAGAGGAUGAUGAUCGAGUGUACUGUGACAAAUGCAAUACAUCCAUUGUCAAUUUCCACAGAAGCUGCCCCAAUCCUGAUUGUUCUUAUGAUCUCUGUGUCACUUGUUGUUGGGAACUAAGGAAAGGAUGUCAGCUUGGAGGCAGUGAAGCAGAAUCUUCUGGUCAACAGUUUUGUGAAGGAAUACACAGUAAAGGUACAGUAUCAGAUGGUCAGAUUCCUGAAAAUGUGAAUGGAAAUAUAUCACAGAGCCUCCCAGUAAAUGAGUUCACAAAUGAUAUAUCUUCUGAGUUUCCUAGCUGGAAAGCAGAGGUUGAUGGUAGGAUUCCAUGUCCACCAAAAGCACAGGGAGGUUGUGGUACACAGUUACUUGAACUCAGACGUAUAUUUGAAGCUGACUGGGUUGAAAAACUAAUUUUCAGCUCCGAGGACCUCACUGUUCAUUAUCAACCAUCAGAUGUUGAUUUUUCUCAAGGAUGUUCUGCAUGUCAUUCUAUCAGUUCUGCAUGCAAUGGUGUAAAAGCUUCCGAAGUGAGGCAUGCAGCUGAUAGACUGAACUGUCAUGAUAACUUCCUUUACUGCCCGGAUUCUGUACAUUUGGGAAACGACGACAUUGAGCAUUUUCAAUUACACUGGAGGAGAGGGGAACCAGUUGUAGUUAGAAAUGUACUUGAAAAGGCUACUGGCCUUAGCUGGGAACCAAUGGUAAUGUGGAGGGCUUUUAUUGGGGCAAAAAAAGUACUGAAAGAGGAGGCAGCGAAGGUCAAAGCCAUAGAUUGCCUUGAUUGGUGCGAGGUUGAGAUUAAUAUUUUUCAGUUCUUUAAGGGCUAUAUAGAGGGUCGUAAAUACACUAAUGGGUGGCCUGAGAUGUUGAAGCUGAAGGAUUGGCCUCCAUCAAAUCUCUUUGAAGAGUGUUUGCCAAGGCACGGUGCUGAAUUUAUGGCCAUGCUUCCCUUUAGUGACUAUACCCAUCCCAAAUCAGGUGUUCUAAAUCUUGCAACAAGGCUUCCUAUUGCUUUGAAGCCAGACUUGGGUCCUAAGACAUACAUCGCUUAUGGUACUAUGGAGGAGCUUGGUAGAGGAGAUUCAGUAACGAAACUGCAUUGUGACAUCUCUGAUGCGGUUAAUGUGCUGACGCAUGCAACUGAAGUAAAGAUCCCUCCAGGGCAGGAUAAAAUCAUUGACAGAUUACAGAAGAAAUAUGAAGCUGAAGAUGAAAUAAUUGAAGGAACUUCAUGUAAUGACGAACACUUUGAGCCUUCUAAUAUAAUACAAGAUGUGAAUUUUGUCCUUGGGACCGAUCCCUCACAGCAAAAAACUUCAGGAAAUCUUAUCAACAGAAAAGAGUCCAUGGAGAGUUCAGAUUCAAUUAGAAGUAGUCAAAGUGAUUAUAAAUCAGAUGUUGCAUAUGGAGGCGCCGUUUGGGACAUUUUCCGUCGGCAAGAUGUACCCAAGUUAACAGAAUACCUGUUAAAGCAUCAGAAAGAAUUUCGCCACAUUAGUAAUCUUCCUGUGAAAUCUGUUACCCAUCCUAUUCAUGACCAGACCCUUUAUCUAGAUGAGAAGCAUAAAAAGAAGCUGAAGGAAGAGUUUGGUGUUGAACCUUGGACGUUUGAGCAACACCUUGGUGAGGCUGUUUUCAUUCCUGCUGGAUGCCCACAUCAAGUGAGAAAUAGACAGUCGUGCAUUAAAGUGGCCCUCGAUUUUGUUUCCCCUGAAAACGUUCAAGAAUGCAUUCGGUUAACAGAGGAGUUUCGCUUGCUUCCAGAAAACCAUAGAUCCAGGGAAGAUAAACUGGAGGUGAAGAAGAUGGCACUGUAUGCAGCAAGUGAUGCUAUAAGUGAAGCUGAAACUCUGAAGUCAAGAAUCGGUCAAUCAGUUCAUUAAAUGAGACGGCGAAGCUGAAGAUCUAGAUUGAUUGACAGUGCCAGUUGGAGAAAAUAUCUCGUUGUAGAUGCUUACUUGUAGCUAGGGUUUUGUACGUCUGUAAGGCUACAGUUUUGGUAAAUGUCUGCAUGUUUCGUCACCUGAGUACUAAUUUCUCCUAAUUAGAAUUAUGAGGCCCAAGUUUCUGUUCAUAAUUGUCAUUUUCAUCACAUGGCAGCAGGCACAUGUUCAGAUGUUGUAGCCUAUUUUGCUGCAUUGUACAGAAAGACCAAUUCAUCGUAACUAUAUGAAACAGCUCCUUUGUAAUAUCUAUAUAAACUCAUCAUUCGUUGAGCAUAAAUUUUAAAAAAACGUUUCAUAUAACUAA